AGAUGAACAUCAUCAAUCAAUUCGAAUUUCCCAUUCAUUGUUACCUUAUCUUCCAAGCAUUCAUUCAAUCCGUCCAAAAUCUGUUCCUUACUGUAAGCUGGCAAUGGAUUUUAGGCUGCCCCACAUCCCAGUACCCCACAUCACAGAGCUGGAAACUGCCACCCUACUCCCACUCCACCCCACCCCCACGCCACAACCGACACUUGCUGGAUUUUGGGUCAUUUGUAUAUCGAUCACAUUGCAUAUUCUACCUUCCUAAAUUCUUUUCUUCCAUUGUUCACCUGUAACGGUUUUUCCUGCUAAUGUUAUUGAACCAAGGUUUCUUGUCCUUUUGAGUGAUGGAGGAGAAUAUCACGUGAUUUUAUGUUAUAUUCUAUUGUUUUUGUUGAACUAGGCUGCAAACCGGAGCUGUUAGCUAUUUGCAGUAGUUAGAAAGCAUAGCUAAGUGAGUUUUGAGAUCUGGAUUGUGGGCUCUCUUUUUGCUGAUCAAUGGGGGGCGUAGAAGAGAGAGUUGUGGCUGUGAUCAUGGUAGGUGGACCCACUAAAGGGACCAGAUUCAGACCAUUGUCUUUGAAUAUCCCAAAGCCCCUUUUCCCAUUGGCAGGACAACCAAUGGUUAAUCAUCCAAUAUCUGCCUGUAAACGCAUCCCCAAUUUGGCACAAAUCUACCUUAUUGGUUUCUAUGAGGAGCGUGAAUUUGCAUUGUUUGUCUCCUCAAUUUCUAAUGAGCUACGAGUUCCUGUCAGGUACUUGAGGGAGGACAGGCCACAUGGUUCAGCUGGGGGGCUUUAUAGCUUCAGGGAUCUGAUUAUGGAAGACAACCCGUCACACAUUGUUUUGCUGAAUUGUGAUGUUUGUUGCAGUUUUCCACUGCCUGAUAUGCUCGAGGCCCACAGAACCUACGGUGGGAUUGGAACCAUUUUGGUGAUCAAGGUUUCUCCCGAGUCAGCAAACCAGUUUGGGGAAAUUGUAGCUGAUCCUGUUACGAAUGAACUGUUGCACUACACAGAGAAACCUGAAACUUUUGUGAGUGACCGUAUCAAUUGUGGUGUGUACAUAUUUACCCCGGACAUCUUUACAGCCAUUCAAGGUGUAUCCACUCAAAGAAAAGACAGAGCUCUCCUGCGGCGUGUAACCAGCUUUGAAGCACUUCAACCUGAACACAGGAGUCUCCCGUCAGAUUUCGUGAGAUUGGAUCAAGAUAUUCUAUCACCACUUGCUGGGAAAAGGCAGUUAUAUGUAUAUGAAACCAUGGAUUUCUGGGAACAAAUCAAAACUCCCGGAAUGUCCCUCAAAUGUUCCGGAUUGUAUCUUACCCAGUUCAGGUUCAGCUCACCCCAUCUCUUGGCGAGUGGAGACGGCACAAAGAAGGCUACAAUCACAGGCAAUGUAUAUAUUCAUCCAUCCACAAAAGUUCAUCCGACUGCAAAGGUUGGUCCGAAUGUUUCAAUCUCAGCCAAUGCUCGGAUUGGAGCUGGCUCAAGGCUUGUAAAUUGCAUUAUUCUUGAUGAUGUUGAGAUCAAGGAAAAUGCUGUGGUUAUUCAUGCUAUCAUUGGGUGGAAGUCUUCCAUCGGAAGGUGGUCGAGAGUGCAGGCCUCAGGAGAUCACAACGCCAAGCUUGGGGUUACAAUUCUCGGUGAAUCCGUGACAGUUGAAGAUGAAGUUGUGGUGAUCAACAGCAUUAUCCUUCCAAACAAGACUCUGAAUGUCAGUGUUCAAGAGGAAAUUAUACUGUAAUAUCAUCUUUUGCUACUGAGUUUCACAUCCUUGUCCAUGUACAACUUUUGUGUUAUGUACUUGUCUGCUUUAUUAUUUUUUUUGUUUUGGCGUGUGUGUAUAUAUUAUUAUUUUUUAUUUGUAAAUUGAUAUUUUUCUAGUUGCAAUAAAGAAAAUCUGUCGAAUUUUCAUUC